AUGCCACCUACUGGAUGCCACCCACUGCAUGCCACCCACUGCAUGCCACCCACUAGAUGCCACCUACUGGAUGCCACCCACUGCAUGCCACCCACUAGAUGCCACCUACUGGAUGCCACCCACUGCAUGCCACCCACUAGAUGCCACCUACUGGAUGCCACCCACUGCAUGCCACCCACUGCAUGCCACCCACUAGAUGCCACCUACUGGAUGCCACCCACUGCAUGCCACCCACUAGAUGCCACCUACUGGAUGCCACCCACUGCAUGCCACCUACUGGAUGCCACCCACUGCAUGCCACCUACUGGAUGCCACCCACUAGAUGCCACCCACUGCAUGCCACCCACUGCAUGCCACCCACUAGAUGCCACCUACUGGAUGCCACCCACUGCAUGCCACCCACUAGAUGCCACCUACUGGAUGCCACCCACUAGAUGCCACCUACUGGAUGCCACCCACUGCAUGCCACCCACUGCAUGCCACCCACUAGAUGCCACCUACUGGAUGCCACCCACUGCAUGCCACCCACUAGAUGCCACCUACUGGAUGCCACCCACUGCAUGCCACCUACUGGAUGCCACCCACUGCAUGCCACCCACUAGAUGCCACCCACUGGAUGCCACCCACUAG